AUGUUGAACCUUGACGACUGUACGCGCUUUCAUAGCGAUAUAGCCAUCAUAGCCUCCCACUACAUCUCUCAUCUAGCCAGAUGUUACGUUGUGACACAGGAAUCACUGAAGAUCUUGGACGGGGUAACGCACGCAGAGAUCAACAACUUCACUUUUCCAUUUAAUGGGGUGGUUGGUUCGACUCUUGAACAGCACAAGUCACUCACCAUCUCUCCUUCUGCGGUGUCUGGAAGAAUCAUCAAUGCUCAUUUCUAUCUCACCAGCUUAAGCAUAAACCUAGUACUGGUCUUCUCGCCGGGUUGGAUCUGUCAUAUUUCAAACCAUGUGCUCGUACACAUUGAGAACUUGCAGGAGAACCUUUCGGCGAGUACCAUUUUUAACUACAAGAAUGAGUAUCUCCUGACCGUUUGCAGCGCGAAAAGUAUAAACGUACUUACCCUUGAAUCAUUGUCUCAGCGCACACACUUGUCUACACCAGCAGUCACCUUGUCAGGCAGCAGACAGGAAGUAGACACUGACGAGCAUAGCUACCCUGUCGAGGUAGUAGUCUCAUGGCCCCUGCAAGCUGUUCUCUAUAACACUGGACACUGCGGCUUGUAUAAACUGCAAGGCCUUGACAAGCACUCUCUAGGCUUGAACUUGGUCUUCUUAGGGCUGUUGGAUUUGCUGCACGUGGACUCUACUGAGACGAGAUAUGUUACAUCGUUAUCUAAUCUUUCUAUAGCAGGCUGCAUACAUACGACCACUUCCUCUGGUGAAGCUGCACUCAGCUUCGCUUACAUCUACUAUUUAGAGUCAUCCGUGAGAGUAGAUACCAUGGACUUAGCUGCCUCAAUUCGUUCUCUAACCGAAUCAGGUUUUUCGUCAAAGAUCCGUGCCAUGCGUACCGAGUUCUUAUCUCUCCCAACGCCAUCAGUCACUGCCCAGUUUUACAAUGUCUCCGUAGCUUCACCCUUGUCCCAGCUCUUUCUCACAUCGUCUGCAAAUACGCUUCCAACUAAGAUUCUUUCUCUCUAUGCGACUGAGCGUCACUUAGUAUUGCAUCUAAUGGACGAUAGUGUCGCGGUAUAUUCGAUAACAAAAGUAGACACUGAAGCUAGGGUAGUGUCUCUGGCAGAUGCAGAAGCAUUUCAACCUAUCCACAGGCAUAUGCGGUCCCGGCUGGCCAGCAGAGCAUACAGUCCAACAGAAGUGGAGUUUAUAGUUGAGAAUGACGCCACAUUUGAUCGCCAUAUAGUGUUGGAAUGCCGUAUCAAGCAAUUGAUAAAUCGCUCUCGCACUAACAACGCAAUCGUUGAGAACCGUGUCCCCUUUUUAGCUAAGUCUCUGGGGCAUGUUGGCACUAUCAUGGGGGUUGACGACCCUGCAGACCAUACAUCUUCCGUCGAGACUGCCUCUACUCUUCCACAGAUAAGGUUUAAGCCGGAAGAAAAAGGUCGGGACAUGCUAGCUGUUAUCUACUCCUCAACGGUGUUUUUCUUGCCUGUGGCUUUUCUGACGAUCCACGGGACUCCCGGUCUACCAGCUAACUUUCUUCCUGAGAUCCUAACGACGUACAGCAUGGCACGAUUUGGGUGCACAGGAGAAGACUCAAGGGCUGAUUAUCUUAAGGAAGAGCUAGACAUCCAUUCAGAUAAUGUGAAAGAAAUGCUAGCAUCGGAGAAUGCGUCUUCUAUCUACGGUAGUAUGCAAAUCACACCACAUCCCCUACUCCUUCCAACACAGAAGUCCAGAGACAGGCAAAAGUACUUAUCUAUAGUCCAAGCCAUGUUUCCCGAACAAGCGUUCUUUUUGGAGGAGGUUGCCCGCAUGGUCAAUGACCCUUUUUACCUUGACAAUGCCGACUACCUGGUGUGUAUGGGAUCACUCUUGGCAGUAUUUAACUCUUUCCGUGCGGAGCAACGCACACUAGAGCUGCGUAGCUACGACGCGGGACUCAAAAGUGUGAUGGCUGCCAUCUGCACAACGUUCCCACCUGUGGCAGUCAUCAAGAAUCGUUUCAUUAUUCUUCCGCAGAAGACAAAGAUAACAGCCGGGUACGGAUUUUCGACCAAAAUGCCAAAGACAAACUCUUUCAAUGUCAUGCUACCAGCCUGGGAUCUUCUGCAGCACACAGUUCUCUCUGCAAAGAUAUUUCCGAUGACGCUUUCUGGAAAGCAGUUUCUCCGUGUAUAUCGCCAAUUGUCUCACAGAGGCAUUUUGUCAUUUGUUGGCUGCGGUACGGCUAUUAACAAUGCAUUUUAUGUAUUUACUGAAUCACCGCCAAAGAUCAAACUAUCACGUGUCUUCCAAUAUGACGAGGAGGCUCUCCAACUCUUUAGGUCCGAGCGACGAAUCAGGGUCUUUAUUCGUUCGCUUCUUCAGGCUAUAAACUUCCUCUACUCUAAUGACACAAAGCUUAUCCACCGUGACCUCCGGCCAAAUCAGAUAUGGGUUAAGAAGAACAGCAACGGUGACCCCGUGGCGAAGAUCUACCACAUGGGGUUUAUGUACCCUCUCUCUGCCAACGAGCCUAUGGAACACAACACCAUCUGGGUUGCCCCGGAAGUGGUUUGUGGGGGAAUAGACACCAAGUCGGACAUCUGGUCUGUCGGCACUCUUACCUUCAGACUACUUGAAACUCUGGUUAACCUGCAUCAGGGACGGCGUGGCCACAACCUCAACAACCUCUUCUGUCCAUCGUUUGCUGAUAUCUCGAAGGUCCCUUCUUUCGCGCCCGGUAGUGGAGAGCGAAGCCUACUUGUAGCAAACAAUUCUAGCGUUAUUUAUCAAAUGAUGCUGAUGUCUUCUGACAAGGUAGAGGUUGCACCAAACAGAUAUGCUGUUUAUACAGUGAAGAACUGCGAUGCCGCAAUAGAGAAGGCAAAGGUGCCAUGGAGCAUGCGAAGGGCUUACUUCGCCUCAACCGGUAUCCUCCCUUGGUACGAUUUGAACUAUGCAAAACCUGGAGCACAGAAGGAGGAGUGCGGAAAUCUGGACACUUUCUUUGAAACGGCGAUCUACUCGCAGAUCAUUUCUGCAAAUGCUGUGGACUUUAUCAAGCGCUGCUGGACCUUUAACCUGGAUCUUCGCUGGAGCCCAGAGCUGAUGCUUACUCAUCCGUGGCUAGUCUCGCGGCCCAAACAACUGUUGAUCCAGAACUAA